GUCUGGACAAAGAUGUGAAGACCUCUGAAAGACCACACUGACCGGAGCAAGCGGAGUGAUUUUUUGGCCAUCAGGGUUUUGACCAAAGAUUGUCCAAGAUGUUCCAAAACGGCGAUGCCUACUACGAGACUAGCAGUUAUGCUGGGUCCGUCCUGUCCAAUGGCUUCUCCGAAACCUCCUCCUUAAUGUCAAGCAUGUCAAGACCAAGUGGCAGAUCUAUAUACAUGCAGAGGAAGGAGUACGUGGAGAACAUCAACAAGCAGAUGGGUCGCUUCCAGUACAAAGUGGAGCACCUGUUUACAUGUGAUGUGGAGGGUCCGGACAUGCGCCUGGACGACUGUGUGGAGCGUCUGAAGAUGCUGGAGGCCAUGGGCAGCAUCUGGGGCCAGGACAUGAUCCUACAGGCACGCAACGGAUGCCUGCAACUCAUCGACAUCGAGACCAAUGAGGAGCUUGAGAGCCACCCCACCGGCAGUGUCCUGGGGGUGGAGGCCAUGUUGGACACCUGCGUCUACAACUCGCUGCUCACCGUGGCCGUCAGGGAGGAGGGAAAGGCCACCGUCAGCGUCUUCAUGUUCCAGUCCGACAGCCUGAGGGCUGACUAUAUCAAACGAGAUCUAGACAGAGCCCUCAUGCACAGAAUAGAUGAUCGUGGGGAUCUCAGACCACCCAGGGACAACAUGAGAGCCAUCCUGGCGGCCAAGAUGGGUGCGUCCCAGCCCAACAGACCCCCCUCAGAGGAAUGGGAUCGCCCUCAGCCCUCCCCCAUGGAGUGGGACGCCCCAGACUACGAUGAGAGCCCCGUGCCCAGUCCCGCCCCACCACCCCAGGCCCGGCAGCAGCCUGUUCCAAUGCCGAGGCAGCCAGAGCCUGAGCCCAGACAGCUCACCCCACCCCCACCCCCAUCGCCAGAGAGGACACCCACCCCUCAGCCCUACACAGAGAAGGACAGGAACGUGGACAUCUUGAAUCAUAUCAUCAGUGACAUUGAGGCCUUCAUGGGCAGAGUAUCGGCGGUCGCGGCAAAAAAGAGCAAGAAGAAAUUGUGGAAGGGCAAGAAGAAAAAGAAUAAGCCAAAAGUUAUUGAGGGCAUGCCUUCUGCCGCGGAGUUUGAGAUCUGCUUGCAGAAAAUCAAGUUUGGUUUCAACCUUCUGGCAGUACUAGAUGGACAGAUCGAUGAGCCGAGCUCUAAGGACCUGGUCCACGUCUUCUUCUCCAUCCUCACAUAUCUGGUGGAGUACUGCCCAGAGGAGCUGCCCCCGGCCAUCGUGGCGCCCCUGUUCACCCCUCACUGCAUCAGGCUGCUGAGCGAGGAGGCCACCGUGGAGGAGGACCAGUUCUGGCAGACCUUGGGGGACGCCUGGAACAUCCCCAGUACGCAGUGGGGGGACGAUGACGAGGACAUUCCUGAGUACAACCCCCUGUUUGACGAUGGCUGGGAGCCUCGAGACGCGGACCCCGAGAUCCAACCGCCCAGGCAACCGAGAAAGUCACCCGUCAGCAAGCCACCACCCCAGCCCGCCAGUAAGCCAGUCACCCAGCCUGCCAGCAAGCCAGCCAGCAAGCCGCCUAACCAGCCAAUCAACAGACAGCCCAGCCAGCACUCCAGGAAGGAAGCACCAGCCCCACAGAGCACAUGGAAGCCCCCGGCGGAAGAAGAUGUCGAGGACGACCCCGCCAGCUUCAUGCGAGUCAUCUUUGACUUCACUGCCAGGAAUCCCAGAGAGCUCAGUAUCUCAAAGGGAGAAGUCGUGCAGCUGUUGGACAUGUCCAAGCAAUGGUGGAAGGUGCGGAACAAUGAUGGAGAAGAAGGAUUUGUGCCCAACAAUGUCCUGGAGCCACUGGACAAGAAGGAAGAGGAACACCAGCAGGUGGUGGCCAAUCCAAACCUGACCAGGAAGUCUAAACCAGCAGAAGUACGGGCCUGGUUGGAGUUCAAGGGAUUCAAUAAGAUCACGGUGAAGUGUCUGGGCAUGCUCAGUGGGGCCUCUCUGCUGGGCAUGACGAGGGAGGAGCUGAAGAUGAUCUGUCCUGACGAGGGGGGCCGCGUCUUCUUCCAGCUGCAGAACGUCAAGUCAGCAAACGCUUUGGCAAGUGAAGUCAGGCAUCUGGAAUAAUAAUGCCUCAGGAUCAAUUGAAGCUCAUGGCACAAUCUGAAGGACUGCCAUUGUAUCCAGAAACAAGCCUCCACACAAAACCUCUGGCUAGACCUUCUUUACAUACGUCUUCAAACGAAAGCCAGAAAGGAUCCUUUCGGAAAAAACCUCUUUAUCUGUACGUGUACUGUAAAUGUGUGACACUAUUUUAAGCGCAUGGCAGUAAUUUUUUGCCAUUCCUAUGGUGACAUGAACAACAGUGCCCUCUGGGAUUCUCUGGUCUGCUUGUUUCCCUGGAAACUAAUAUCACACCUGAAAGCCUUGUGCUGCCCAUGCAGCCUACAUGUUCAAUUAUGCACAUCUUCCUUCCCACAUAGACCCAUUAAGCCCUUAUUUAUGUUUACUUCUGUUUUUUCCAUAAAUGAUAUUUGUUCUAGCACUGUAGGAAAAUUAAGUGAUAUUUCUCCCUUACAUAUUUCCUACCUCCACCUCAUAAAUGUGUAAUGCUGUGUGAGAGAAUGAAUAAUUCAGAUGAAUGUAUCUACACAAUGCUGCGGUGGUGAAAUAAAACAAAGGACAUG